CUCAUGCAAGGCUAGCACAAAGAAAAUGCAGAAUACAAGAGCUUAUAUGUGAGAUGCUCCACAUCAUUGGAAUUUAUUAACUCUGGAAAUCACAGAUUUUUCUACUGGAAUUUGCUAUCCAAGAUUAGAUAUUUACAUCUACAUCUUAGACUAGAUAUUUAGGACCAUUGAAAGGCUGGAACCCUACUUUUCGGUGGAAGUGACAUAAACAAGGAGACCUUAAAUAUGGAGAAGACCAGUACUCUCACCAUCACGUUACUGAUGCUCAGCUUUCACAUCAUCUUUAUGCACACUUCUGCCUCAGACAUCACUCUUUCAUCACCACAGACUACAAUCAAGGCUCAGAUUGGGGAAGAACUUCAAAUCACUUGUUUAGCAUCAAAAUGUAGGGGUGAGAAGCCUGGCUUCACCUGGUCUAACCUCGUGGACAGUACAUUAAGUGGUACUGUGAACACUAUGGAGAAGAAGUCAACCCUGACCAUGAAGGUUGGUGCUGAGACGGACGGAUCUUACCGGUGUACUGUGACAUGUGAUAACGCACCAGUAGAGAAGCGCUUCCAUAUCGUGGUCUACUCGUUGCCCAGUGAUCCUAUUCUACAUAUCUCCUCUCUUGUGGUUGGACAGCAGUCACACAUCACCUGCAUCUUCCCCAACAUCUACCCCUAUGAGAGGAUGGGUGCUGAGAUCCUCCUGGAUGAUAAAGUUGUGGUUACGUUUGACUCUGCAAAGAUCGAUUUGAAUAUAUAUGAGAUGCAAAACAUCAGCCUCACCCAUGAUAUAACCCUGGUGGAAGAGAUGGACAAGAAAGAGGUUAAAUGUCUGGCUCUACUGGAAUUCCCAGAUUAUGCUAUUGACCCCAUAGAAAGACAUACAGCACAGAACCUCAUUCUAAUGUAUCCUCCAGAAUUACCCCAAAUCACAGUUCUGACAUCCACAAAUGUAAAAGCUGGUGAAGAAAUUCAUCUACUAUGUUCAUCUGACAGUAAAUCCCAGGCUGUUGUCCAAUGGGUGAAGAUGAUGGAGGAUGAAGAGCUUGAAAUGUCAUCUGAUGAUCAAGGGGCUUUGAUACUUUCAAAUGCAGUACCAGAAAAUAGCGGGGUCUACAUCUGUUAUGCCAAAAAUAUCGCUGGAAAAACAGCUUCACAGGUGGAGAUCAAUGUGCAAGGUCUACCGGAAAAGCCUGUGCUCUUCUUGAAUCCAGGAACAAAAGUAGAAGCUGGGCAAUCUGUUAUUAUUGAAUGCCUUGUAAACAGCAAUAUAAAGGUUACGUUGUGGAAGAUGUCAGAAGAUAGAGAUAUUCUUAUUUUCUUAGACUCAACGGGGAAAACCAUAAUAGAUGAGGCCGAUCCAAUAGACACUGCUGUAUACAAAUGCAUAGCUGAAAAUCAGUAUGGUGUAAGCGAAACUUCAGAAUCCCUCACAGUGGAAUAUCCGCCAAGGGAAACUCUUCUUUCAUCUUCACCCACUGAUGUAAAUGAAGGAGACACGGUUACUCUGACUUGUGUUUCUAAGGGAGUCCCCACGCCGAGCAUCUCCAUUUACAAACUUCUAACAUCAGGGGAGAGUGUGCUCCUUUCUAAAGAUCCAGUGGUUACCUUAUCUGAAGUGACCAGUGGAAUUUACCAGUGCCAAGCUAAUAACAGAUUAGGGAGUGACAAAGACAAGUUGGAGCUAAUUGUGCAAGCUCCCCCAAAAAACACACGUAUAAUUAUUACUCCAUCACACACGGUGAGAAAAGGAGACAGUGUACAUAUCCAAUGCAUAUCAGAAUCUUCUCCUGCCCCUAAACUGGUGCUGAGGAUGGAAACCGAGCUGGGCAUCAUUGGGUUGGAAUCUGAGCAUGGGCAGUACAGUAUUUCACAUGCUGCAGUAGAGCAUACAGGGACUUACAUAUGUGAAUCAUCCAAUGUAAUAGGACAACAAAUUGCAGAGGCCAAUCUGACUGUACAAGCUCCACCCCAAAAUACUCAAAUAUUCAUAACUCCAUCCUCUGUGGUAAGAGAAGGAGAUAACGUACAGAUCAGGUGCACUUCUGAAGCACUUCCUGCUCCUAGACUGGCCCUAAAGAUGAAAAUGGAACACGACGUGGUUGAUCUGGAGUCUGUAGGGGCGGAAUACAACAUUUCAAAUGCUGAAGUAAGGCAUACAGGAACGUAUAUCUGUGAAUCUACAAACGCGGCUGGAAGUGAGAUUGUAGAGACCACUCUUAAUGUAGAAGUUCCACCUAGAAACACCUAUAUCACCAUCAUUCCAUCGCCAGUUGUGAGAGAAGGAGACUCAGUACAGAUUUGGUGCUCUUCAGACGGUUCUCCAGACCCUAGCCUUGUCCUGAAGAUGAAAACAGAAUUUGAAUUAAUUAUGCUGGAAUUAUUUGAUGGCUCUUAUAACAUUACUCAUGCAGGAAUGGAGAACACAGGAACAUACAUCUGUGAAUCCACCAACAGGGUGGGAAAUCAUGUUGCCGAGACUACUUUGACUGUACAAAUUCCACCACGAAACACCACAGUGGUUGUGACUCCAUCACAGAACAUCAAAGAAGGUGAUACAGUCACUAUCACUUGUGAGACCCACAGCAUCCCAUCUCCAACCAUCAUUCUACAGAAAGUGUGUGCCAAGAACAACACAUUGCUUCAGACCAACAAUGGCACCUUUACAUUGCACAAUGUCACCCUCAAUGACACUGGAACAUACACGCUCCAAAUAAUUAGCAGUGCUGGAAAUGAAACAGAGGUCAUCAAUAUUCAAGUGCAAGAACGACAACAGAGUCCAAGAUUCAACCCCACUUCCAUAUUUAUCUUUGGAUCAGUGGCUUUCGUGUCUCUAGGUGCUAUUGCAUCCAUCAUUUACCAUCUCAAGAAGUCAAAGCUACAAGGAUCAUACAGUCUUGUAAAAGCUUUGAGAAGCAAAGUGUGACUUUACACCAGUCGGAUCUAAAGGACAUUUCCAUGUGCUGCUGUGGGUCAGUGCAGGCACAUUUCUGUGGAUACUGAAUAGCACUUGUGGUAGCACAUGUAUUCCGAGAGUCCUUCCGGUAAAUCCAUAAUAAGCUUGUGCUGUCGAGAGCUUUGCCUUGUGGUACUUGCAGAGAAGCUGGAUGGAAACCCAGUUCUUCUGCUGUAAAUGGUAAAGACUGAAGCAAAUGAAGACUGUUAUUAGGAAGAAAAAAGACAUCUCAGUUCCAAAUGUAUGGAGCCCUGUGUGUGUGUGAAGAAUCACUAUUUGCACUUGGAUUUUUUUGUUUUGUACAGUGUGUGGUAAUGACUAUAUUAAUGUGUAGAAUCUGCUCCUAUUUAAGUGUAAUGUUGCGUCGGCAGGUAAUUUCUGACUGUUCCUUCCCCUUUCUCUUGUCUUUGUUCUUUAUGUGGUGGAGAUGUGGAACGUGUGAUGAAUUUUAAUGUGGUCUUUCUCCUUAGGCUGAGCUGAGCUCUAGCCAUCUUUUGUUGGUCAUUGAGAUGAGAAGGCUUAGUCACUGGAGGAUCCAACCUAAAGCCAAGAGAGUGAGAAUUUUGUUACAAAGGAAACAAUAGGGCAUCUCAUUGAUAUGGAGAAUGGGUGCAAUUAUCACAAAAAGUAGCCUGUGAAGCUCUGCAUUGGUACAUAAUCUCAUAUAAAAGAACAUUUGAUUCAUUCCAUAGUCUGUCCACCAUAGAUGACUGGUUUGUCACCAGUAGUCUGGUGGUUCAUUAGUUGACAUCAGUUGCAGUUAGGCGAGUGUUAAACCCAACCAUUCUUUUGGGACACUGCGUAUGACCCAUCAUUGUUGUUAAUAAGGUUUAAACUGGUUGUCCAGCCAUUUAUACUUUUAAAAAAAUAAUAAA